GCGCGCCCGGGCAGCCGCAGCCCCGGCGGCCCCAGCUCCGCCGGCACCGGGGGGCCGCGGCACCCGAUGCCCAUCCCCGCCUGACACCACUAUCAUGGCUGGGGCGCAGGGCUGCAGCGAGGGGAAGAUCGCGGGGCUGUAUGACCUGGAGCGCACGCUGGGCAAGGGCCACUUUGCAGUGGUGAAGCUGGCACGGCAUGUCUUCACCGGGCAGCGGGUGGCCGUCAAGGUGAUUGACAAGAGCAAGCUGGCAGGGGAGGCGGCGGGGCAGCUCCUGCAAGAGGUGCGCUGCAUGAAGUUGGUCCAGCACCCCAAUGUGGUGCGCCUCUACGAGGUCAUUGACACCCACGCCAAGCUCUACCUCAUCCUGGAGCUGGGCGACGGCGGGGACAUGUUCGACCACAUCAUGCGGCACGAGGGCGGGCUGGCCGAGGCGCGGGCCAAGCACUACUUUGCCCAGAUCGUCCAUGCCAUCUCCUACUGCCACAAGCUGCAUGUGGUGCACCGUGACCUCAAGCCCGAGAACGUGGUCUUCUUCCAGGAGCAGGGGGUGGUCAAGCUCACUGACUUUGGCUUCAGCAACCGCUUCCAACCUGGCAAGAUGCUCACCACCAGCUGCGGCUCGCUGGCCUACUCAGCGCCCGAGAUCCUGCUCGGGGAUGAGUAUGAUGCCCCGGCUGUUGACAUCUGGAGCCUAGGGGUGAUCCUCUACAUGCUGGUGUGUGGCCACCCACCCUUCCAGGAGGCCAAUGACAGCGAGACCCUCACCAUGAUCAUGGACUGCCGCUACACCGUCCCAUCACACAUCUCGGCACAGUGCACUGAUCUCAUCUCCAGGAUGCUGCAGCGGGACCCAAAGCAGCGAGCCUCCCUGGAGCAGAUCGAGGGCCAUGCGUGGCUGCAGGGUGUGGACCCUUCCCCCGCCAGCCGCUGCCUGCUGCCCCUCACCUCUCACAAGCGCGUGUCUGAGGAGGAGCAUGAAAUCAUCCUCCAGGCCAUGACGUGCGGGAACAUCGCCGAUCGGGAUACCAUCCAGGAGGCGCUGGAGGCCGACCGUUACAACCACAUCACAGCCACGUAUUUUCUGCUGGCGGAGAGGAUGCUGCGGGAGAAGCAGGGCCACCGCCUCAGCCUUGUCUACAACCUGGCCAAGGAGGUGCAUAGCAGUACCAACUUGUCGGACACAUUCAGCCCCACAGGCAGCACUGGUAGCCUCUUGCCCUUCACGGAGGUGCCAAGCAGCCUCGCCCUGGGCUCCCGGCGGCUCCCCCUGCCCACUGGAGGGGACAUGGGCAGCCGGCAGCCCCCUGGGACCCUGUUGAAGGUCCCUGCUGUUGACACCCCCAUCACCAAGAGCACUCCGGCCCUGCAGCAGAUCUGCGAGGAGGAGGAGGAGGAGGAGGAGGAAGAGGAGGGAAGGCCCAGUGCCAUGGAGAGGAAGAGCAGCUCGCUGAACCAGGAGCAGAUGCGAGCCUUCCUACGCUCCCGCCGCCCGCCUGGCCGCAGGGAGGUGUGGGGGCCGGGGGCUGAGCUGGGGGGCUGGGGCGGGUGCCCAGGUGUGGCCUGGGCUGGGAAGGGAGUGUGUGAGGGCCGGGGUCCCCUGGCAAUACGUGGGGGUGGAGCAGAGUCCCCCAGGAGGGAGGAGGAUGUGGAGCUCAGGGGCUCCUCAGCAGAGCUCCCUGGUAAAAGGGGAGCCACCCCAUCACCCCAUAGCAGCCCUGCCAGGGUCCCCCAGGUGCUGGGGGCAGAGACGACCCCUGCUGCCCUCCCAGGCCCCACAGACAAGUUCCUGGCACCCAGGUCACCUGCCAGCCCGGCCCUGGGGGGCACCGACGGGGGCACAGAGAGUGUGAUCAAGCUGGACCCAGGCAAGAGCAAAGGGGGCAGCCUGCGGGACAGGCUCCUGCAGUUCCCGCUCUGUGAGAAAGCCCUGGCCUUCAAAAUCCGGCCAGGCUCCAAGGAGAGCCUCCUCUCGCUGGGGCAGUUCAACUGCUGCCAUGUCAUUUAAGCCCCCAGUGCGAGGGUUCUGGCCUCUGGGAGGGUGCCUGUUCCCCAGCCUUUGUGCCCCACAGAGCAGCGACCCUGGGGCUGGCAGGGGGGGCUCAGUGCUCCUGCUUUGUUACCCGUGGUGGCCACCCCGCUAGCACCCACCCUGGGCACCUGCUGCAGGGCCAGGCUGGGCCAGACCCCUGGGACAGGAGUGCCUGGGGGAGGGUGAGGCAGGCUGGGGUCUGUCCCUGCACCAGCCUUUGUGUCCCCAGAGCCCUGGGGCAGCUCCAUGGCCCCCUCAGGGUUGGCUGAACCACGGCACAUUUUUUUAACGACUAGAAAUAAUUUUUUUAAAUAGUCUAUUUUAAUGUAAUUAAAUAGAGAUUACUAUAUCUCCCCAAGCCCUCCUGGGGAUGGCAGCUGCCCCCAGCCCCAGCACCAGGUUCUCCUGCCCACAGUGGCCAUGGGGCGAUCACUUGUCUGCCUGCAGCCCCCCCGCUGUCCCCCAGCCAGGGCCAGGCGCAGCCCUGCCCGGAGCUGCGCGUGACCCGAGGCCGUCCCCUCAGCCUCCCCCGUAAAUAAGCUUCCUAUUUAUUAUCGCUUUGUUUUCUUGCUGGCAAGAAUGACGACUGAGGCGUGGGCCAGAGCUUGGCCCGAGCUGGGCUGAGUGCACGUAUGGAAGGGAUGGGAGCCGCUGGGAAGCAAAGUUCAUUGGGCCAAUAAAAAUUAGCUUGUGGGUGGA